AUGAGUAUGUGUUAUGGACAAAAAGUUUCGUUAGCUAAGGGAGAUUUAAAGAAGGAGCAUUGCCCCAAGAAUAAAGAAGAAGAAGAUGAGAUGAGGAACAAGCCAUAUGCUUCUUUAGUUGGAAGCAUUAUGUAUGCACAAGUGUGUACAAGGCUAGACCUAGUCUUGUGCAUUAGCAAGAUGGGGAGAUUUCAGUCAAAUCCGAGAAUGCAACAUUGGAUACCUGGAAAGAAGGUUCUGAGUAUGGCUAAGGAAUUUAUUAAAUACAUUAAGGUGGUGGACUCGAUUUCUAGACCAAUACAAAUAUAUAAUGACACCACUGUGGCUGUUUUUCACUGCAUGAACAACAAGAUGUCGUCUGAACUUCAGCAUAUUGACAAAAAUUAUUUAAUAGUGAGGGAGAAGGUGGCAGACAAACUAGUCAGGGUUGAUCACAUUAGAACUCAAGAUAUGAUUGCAGAUCCAUUCACAAAGUUUUUGCCUUUAGAAGCUUUUCUGAGACAUGUUGAGAGCAUGGGACUUUUUCCUAGCUUUGAUGCUGCAAUCUAG